UGUUUCAGUGAGGGCAGAUUUGCUCCAAAUAAUUUCAUUUAAAAUAUCCUAACAUCAUAGGAAAAAGCUUUAUACAUCAACAAUAUUGAAUUUCAAAAUACAUUGAUCAUCGAAAAUAUACGUAAAUGCUAUAAACAGCUAAGAAAACGCGUUUUGAUUCUGAAUAUUUUCAUAUUUUUUGCCAUCAAAUUAUUACAAACCAGAGUCCUGGCCACCCUGCCACGCUCGUUUCAAUCAGUCAAAAGUGUAAACAAAACAAAAGUGGAAAAGUACUGCAGUCAGUAAAAUGGGUCGUCCGUGCAAAAGACGUGCAGCUGCCCGGCAGCGUGAGGCACAGAAGAAAAUCAAGGUGAAUAUCGAUGAUCCACUAGCCUGGACCUUUCAGGAUCCGUGGAGGACCGUCCAAGAGGUAUAUCAAUCAAAUUCAGUAGUGCAGGAUGUCACACAACCGACAGCACCGAUCGCUGUGCCGGAGAAUGUUUUUCCGCUGCCUCCGGAGCCAUCACCAUUGCCAGAAAUACCGAUGCCUGAAACGGAUAUCCAGCCGAGCCCCGCAGUUCGUCCAAUGCUGCUGAAUGAAUCGCUGAUGCUGUCAGAUUCCUGUUUUUCGUCAUCCACACCUGCACCGCUUUCCGCUCUUCCGUUAGAUCCAAUGGCAUUGCGACAGGAGUUAGAUGGGCCAUCAUUAGGAGUAUUCCCGGUAUUGGGAGAGGAACGACCGGUUUCAUUUGAACCCCGAUUUGAAUCAUCUGCGCGGCCACAGGAUUAUAUCCCACAUUCGACGGACACGUCGGCCACAGGAUUGCAUACCACAUUCGACGGACACGACAGUAGCACUACCCAGGAAUUAACUGUUGGCUCCAUGCCAGUAUUAGGACCCCUAAGUACAUUUGGUUGUGCGAGUGGAACGGACCAUUCAACUGUUGGAACGCAUAAAACAUCACCACAGAAUAUCAAUCUGGUUCGUUCAAGUACCCUAAUAGUGGAAAUUCCUGGUCUACCUGCGGGGAAAGUGUGCAACACAGGUCUAGACUGCUACUGUUCUGCAUGUCUGAAAUGGGAUACCGUGGCCACCAAACCAGCAUAUAGCACGACCAUCGAACGUAUGUCGGUUGAGGAAUCAAGUGAGGCCGUAUCGAUGAAGAAGGUUUACGGUACGCUUCGCAAUAUGAAAGCCACUUGUCGAUUUAUCAACAAAUCGAAAUGCACAUUGCGUCCUGGAAAAAUAGUGCUACGAAAGGUGUCCAAACAUAUUUCAGUAAAGAGGUAUAGAAUAAGGAACGUUAGGGUAAGUGUGCCAGUGGUGGAUGUACUAUUAUUAAUAAUUAUUUAA